CCUCGCUCCCUCAGUCGCUCCUGCAACACACCGGCGGGGGUCCCGAGGCGCUCAGCGGCAUGGAGGUAACCAAAGGAGAGGAUCCCUCCGCCGAGCAGGCUGCGAUUUUGUUCGCGGCUCCAGAGGUGGAGAGUCAGACGCGAACCGCUGGACGGGCGAGGAAGAGGAGCGCGCGCUGUAAAGUCAUCCCCGUGGUUCUGCUGCUCUGCUUACUGGCGGUCGUUCUGGCUGUGGUGUUUUCACUGAGAAAGAGCAGUGAUGGAAACGCUGAAGGUGAGCUCUGGCUGCAAGCAGCGGAGGACGUUCAACAGUCACGGUGUCCUCCCGGCUUCAGCAGACCUCCUCUCAUCCUGGUGUCCUUGGACGGCUUCAGGGCGGAGUACCUGAAGGAUCACAGCGGCCGCCUCCCUGUCAUCAGCAGGCUGCGAAAAGAGGGAACAUCAACGCCGUUCAUGAGGCCCGUUUACCCCACGAAGACCUUUCCCAACCACUACAGCAUCGUGACCGGUCUUUAUCCUGAGUCUCAUGGGAUUGUGGACAACAAGAUGUACGAUGAGACCCAAAACGCUUUCUUCACCUUGAGAAGUGAUGAGAAAUUUAACCCUAAAUGGUACCAAGGCGAGCCAGUCUGGAUCACUGCCAUGCGUCAGAAGCAGAAAGCAGCAACCGUCUUCUGGCCUGGCUCAGAUGUUAAAAUCGAUGGCACUUUCCCAGACAUGUACAAGGUGUAUAACAAGAGCAUUACGUUUGAGCAGAGGGUGCUGAUACUGUUGGAAUGGCUGAGUUUACCUCAAGGAGAAAGACCUGACUUCUACACGUUGUACCUGGAGGAACCGGACUCAUCAGGACACCAUUUUGGACCAGCGAGCAGCCAGGUCCUGCGGGCUUUGGAGAAUGUGGACCGGAUUGUGGGCAUGCUGAUGGACGGCCUGACACAGAGAGACCUGCACCACUGUGCGAACAUCAUGGUCGUAUCAGACCACGGCAUGGAGGAGGCUUCGUGUGAGAAAGCAGCGUAUGUGUCAACCUACUUGACAAACACCGAUGACUUUUCUGUCAUCCAAGGCGCCGCCGCUCGCAUCAGACCCCGUCGCCUCCCGCAGGAUUACUUUUCCUUUGACUUUGAGAGUCUGAUAAAGAACCUGUCGUGCAAGGCCGCCGACCAGCCGAUGAGGCCGUACCUCAAAGAAAACCUCCCCAAAAGGAUGCACUUUGCCAAACACAAGCGUAUCGAGAGAGGACACCUCUACAUGAAGCAGGGGUGGCAGGCCGCGCUGAACCAACAAGAACUCAAGUACUGCAAGGGGGGAUUCCACGGCUCGGAUAAUCUCUUCACCAACAUGCAGGCAAUCUUCAUCGGCUACGGUCCAGGAUUGAAAAGAAAGACGGUUGUGCCUCCAUUUGAAAACAUUGAAAUCUAUAACCUAAUGUGCGAUCUUCUCGGUAUUCGUCCCGCUCCAAACAACGGCACUCAUGGCAGUCUGAACCACCUCCUGAGCCGUCCCUUCCACCUGCCGGUCCACCCGGCACAGCUCUCCUAUGACACCCAGUGCGAGGCCGGUGACCCCGUCCCCGCUGACGACCUGCAAUGCGCCUGCGAUUUGCACAACGAUUCCGAGGUGAUCGCUAUAACCAGAAAUCUCACGACAAUGAAUCACAUUGUCAAAGCCAGUUUACGUCACCUCCACCAUCCCUUUGGCAACCCCGGAGUCGUCCAAUCGGGCGCCACCUUUUGUCUUCUUUACCAUUCCGACUACCUCAACGGAUACAGCAAGGACCGCCUCAUGGCCCUGUGGGUGUCGUACACCGUCCGGCCUCCGACCAGAGUGCGACCCCUGGGCCCGGGCUUGGCGGAGUGCGUUCAUGCUGACAUACGCGUCCCACCGGCCUCCAGCCAGCACUGUCUGCGCUACAGAAACAACUCCGCUCUGUCCUUCGGCCUGCUGCAUCCCCCAAGUUUGAGUACCAACGGGCGCGAGACAGACUCUCUAAUAACAAGCAACAUGGUGCCAAUGUUCCCUGCGUUUAAAGAUGUUUGGACUCAUGUCCACGAUGUCCUUCUUCCAAAAUAUUCACAACAGCUGAACGGAGUUAACGUCAUGAGCGGGCCGAUAUUUGAUGAAGACUAUGAUGGAAACGUUGACGCGAUAAAAGCGAUCUCGGGGAACGAAGCUCCCAUCCCGACACAUUUCUUCCUGAUCUUCACCAGCUGCGGGAACUCAUCCUUCGGCCCCGAUGACUGCGAGGGUCCCCUGCAGGCCAAGUCCUUCAUCCUGCCCCACAGGCCCGACCACACCGAGAGCUGUGCUAGCGGGUCGGACUUGGCGUGGGUGGAAGACUGGCUGCAGCUUCACGCGGCGCGCGUGCGAGACGUCGAGCUCCUGGCAGGACUCAGCUUCUACCACGGCAGGUUAUCGGUGGAGGAGACGCUGCGGCUCAAGACGGCGCUGCAGACUGCGUGACGUGAAGCUUUGAUUUCCAGCGGAGGCCAUAUUGGUCUGCACCACGGGCCUCAGUCCACACGGACACAGUAAACGGGUUCCUCGCUCGACAAAGUUUUAUGGGCCCAAAAAACAAAUUGAGCUCAACAUUAAGUUCCAUGUGUUUUUUUUUUGUGUGAUAUGUCUGAAUCCCCACAAAGUGUAUAAUUAGUCAAUGUGUCAUAGAUGUAUAUGUGUGUUUUUCAGGAUGUUUUUUUUAUGGAUGAUUUUAUAGCUUUUUGAGAUCCGCAGCUCUGAACCAAAGACGGUGCCUCCUUGGAUGUGAACUAAAUAAAAGGGGGAGAAGAACAUUUCUAAACAAAAUAAGGAUCAAUUUAUACUACAGUUGCUUUUGUUGGCUCACGCACGACAAUCUGGAAACAUUUUUUCUCUGCUGGCCUCAAAAACACCAGAGAAUUGAAGGGAAAACAAACAGAAAUAAGUAUUGUUCGAAACGAA